AUGACUAAUUACAUGCGAUCCGAGGGGCAAUGCAAGCUAAGAGGUUCACCCCCCACAGCUGAAAUCAAUCUAAGGGGCCAAUUUCCAGAACUGAAACCUAUUGCCUAUGUAUACGAAGCAGGACACAGAGACGGGCAGAACUUUACAAUCCGUGACGCGGCAAAAGCAACUAGCCAAGUCCCAGCUUCGGAGGGCCACUUAUGUAGCCGAGGUGCUUUGUACUUAGAUGGUGGGAUAUGCUGUAACAAUCCUGCGGAGAUUGCGAUGGCCGAGGCACAGAUUAUGUGGCCCUUGGACCAAAAUACUGUCUCGCACCUGUUGCUGUCAAUUGGUAACGGUUGGGCCCAGGACGCGGAUGAUUUAGCAGAUGUUUCCAACAAACAAAGCUCUUGGAUAGAAACGAAGAAAGAGCAGCUAAUUGAAUACUUCAGAGAAAAAUCGACAAAACUUCAGAGGCAGCUGGAUCGGAACAGGCUGUCAGAGAAGCCUUGGAACGAAGCCCUGAGUCUCAUUGGUGAGAGACACGCCACUCGAUGUAUGCGAUUGAACCCGCAGAUUUCAGAGAACAAAAACCCAGAAGAUAUUGCAGCCAGUUAUGUGUCUCAAGAACAGAGUGGCCCUGAUAUUUCCAAACUCUGCCAUACCCUUCUGGCGACGACAUUUUACUUCGAUGCAACUGAACGGCACCGCCAAAUUGGAAAUGACCGUUGUUUGAUAAAGGGAGAAAUCCUCUGUCGCUUUCCACAGGGUGCAGACAUAACUAAGAGCUUGGGUGGCGUCUUGGAAAGUUUACGCAAUCCCCGCGUCGAGCUGAUUACUCCUGGUUCUGAACAUAAAAGAUGGAAUUUUAACGCAGACAUAAUCUUUUGUAUGAAGAGGGAUGGGCUAUUUAAUGUGCCCAUUACUUGUGAGGUUCAAAGAUCUCAAUGGGAAAUUGAGCUGGUGUUUGUUACUGAUGAUAGUAAAGAGGAGCCCAUAGGUGUUGGCAUUUUGCCUUUUGCGUCAUAA